ACUACACACUUGGAGAGAUUAGCGCGCAGGCAGCAGUAAUCUGGUUUCAGGACCACGGCCAGAGACACCGUUUGACCACGAAUCCUGUGGAAAGUUGCCUCCAGCGCGCUGUGAACCUUUACGGACACCAAAGAGUGCACUGAAGUUCAUUUGGACAUUAAGGGCAAAGUGGGACUGACAAUAUUUGUUCGGUUGAUUUUAUAUAAAGGCAGUUUAAGCAAAUUAAAUCUCUGGACAAUCAGUGGCUGACUACAGAUACCGCCGCACAGGAAACUGCGGGUUGAGGAGUCUGGUGAUCAAAUGAAAUCAAGUUGUUGUUGUUUUUUUUAUGUGUGAGUGAGAAACACGGGGCGGAGGGAGUAGAGGAGAAGGCUGUGCGCUCAAUCGGGAGCGCGCAAAGACUGGACAUUGGUCGGAUCCUGGAGUCGUGAGGAUGGAGAUCCGGUCGGACAGGUUUAAGGCCGUGGCAGCCAAGACUCUCGGGAAAAUAUACGGAGCUCUUGAGAAGAAGCAGGAAAAUGGUGAGACCAUCGAGCUGUCGGCGGAGGGCCGGCCGGAGCUGGUGGAGGAGAAGGAGCUGCCCGUGGUGGACUGCACAUGCUUCGGCCUGCCCAGGCGCUACAUCAUCGCCAUCCUCUCUGGCAUUGGCUUCUGCAUCUCCUUUGGUAUUCGAUGUAACUUGGGUGUGGCCAUCGUCAGCAUGGUCAACAGCCACACCAUCUUCAGAGACAAUAAGCAGGUCGUAGUGAACGCUCAGUUUGACUGGGAUCCAGAAACAGUCGGAAUGAUCCACGGGUCCUUCUUCUGGGGAUACAUAGUGACCCAAAUCCCAGGAGGGUUCAUCUGUCAAAAGUUUGCAGCAAACAGAGUGUUUGGCUUUGCUAUAGUGGCCACAUCUUGCCUGAAUAUGCUCAUCCCUACAGCAGCACGGAUGCAUUUUGGCUGUGUUAUCAUUGUCAGGGUGUUUCAAGGACUUGUGGAGGGAGUUUCCUAUCCAGCUUGUCAUGGUAUUUGGGCAAAAUGGGCACCACCUCUUGAAAGAAGUCGCCUGGCCACGACAGCAUUUUGUGGUUCUUAUGCUGGUGCUGUGAUUGCCAUGCCAUUAGCUGGAAUCCUGGUCCAGUACUCAGGAUGGUCAUCAGUCUUCUAUGUCUACGGAAGUUUUGGGGUCAUGUGGUAUUGCUUCUGGUUCCUGGUGUCUUAUGAAAGUCCAGCAGCCCAUCCCACCAUCACUGAGGAGGAGAGAAAAUAUAUUGAGGAAAGCAUUGGCGAGUCGGCCCAACAUACAGUAACGAAAUUCAACACACCGUGGAGGGCCUUCUUUACGUCCAUGCCAGUGUACGCCAUCAUUGUGGCUAAUUUCUGCAGAAGCUGGACUUUCUAUUUGCUUCUCAUCAGCCAGCCUGCAUACUUCGAGGAGGUUUUUGGGUUUGAGAUUAGCAAGGUGGGCAUAGUUUCCGCACUUCCCCACCUCGUCAUGACCAUUAUCGUGCCCAUUGGCGGCCAGCUAGCUGACUAUCUGCGCUCCAACCAAAUCAUGACCACCACUAACGUCAGGAAACUUAUGAACUGUGGAGGGUUUGGGAUGGAGGCAACCCUGCUGCUGGUGGUGGGCUUCUCUCAUACAAAAGGGGUUGCCAUAACAUUUCUGGUCCUGGCUGUGGGUUUCUCUGGUUUUGCCAUUUCAGGUUUCAACGUCAACCACCUGGACAUUGCACCACGCUAUGCUAGCAUCCUCAUGGGUAUCUCCAACGGUGUGGGCACUUUGUCUGGUAUGGUUUGCCCACUUAUAGUUGGUGCCAUGACAAAGCAUAAGACGCGGGAGGAGUGGCAGGGUGUGUUUCUUAUCGCCUCUCUUGUUCAUUAUGGCGGUGUUAUAUUCUAUGGCCUCUUUGCAUCUGGAGAGAAGCAAGCUUGGGCGGAGCCGGAGCAGCUGAGUGAUGAGAAAUGUGGCAUCCUGGAUGAGGAUGAGCUUGCAAACGAGACAGAGGAGCUGUAUCGCACAAGUGGCGGAGCAGGCUAUGGAGCCAUGAACCAGGGUGCGGAUCCCAACGGAGGCAUGGGAGGAGGAGGCUGGGUCUCAGACUGGGACAAAACUGAGGAGUAUGUCCAACCAGCCGGAACCAAUAAUUACCUUUAUGGAGGGGAGGGGGAGACCGAGAGUUAACAUAAAACCAGCAGAUCCUCUGCACGUAGCCUUUAGUGAGGCAGAAACAUUACAUUAACAGUGUGGAGUUUCACCUAAAGGCAUGAAGAACUUUGAAAGUGCGAAAUUAAAAUGGAAUGCGGGAGGGGACAAUUUUCAGCAAGCCUGACUGUAUUAUCAUAACUGAACUGAAUUCAGAGAGAGACUCCACAGUGGAGGUGAAGACAUUAGUAAAUGUAAAAUGUGUGUUUGUGUGUGAUUGCAAUUGUGUACCUUGUGUGACAGACAAUCUAAGUAAGUAAGAGUGUUUUAGGACUCAUCAGCCUCCCUGCAGUCGCUCUUGGAGGAGGGCUGUGCUUUAGGCCUGGUGUGGCUUUCUCUGAUGUUUAUUCAUUGUAAUAAUUGUAGAAAUUUCUAUCUUGUCUGACAUGUUUUGGAUUUCAUUUGUAUGCCUCUCACUUAUUUUUGAAUCAUUCAAGAUUACAAAUCUUUAGGCGCACAUUGGUCACAAUUUCUGUUGUAAAACGUACUGAGUUUGAUUAAUUAGUUUUUUUAAAGUUUCAUAAAUGGUUGUAGAAUUUCCGCAAACCACAGCAGAGUAUGCACCUCCACUGAAGUUAAAAUGGAAACUCACCAGCUACAAGGUCUUCACACAAUGUUAUGAAAGCUUUUUUUCCUAAAAACAAUGCUAAGUUUAGUCCUUAAUGUGCACACUUUUAAGAAAAAGCAUGUUACUUGUGCCAAUACAACAAAAAAUCUUGCUCUGUAGUAUUGGUUUACUCAUUCACUGACAAAGUAAUUGAUCACCUGCAAACAUUACUGUACACAGCUUUCUGUGAAGUCUAAAUAGCCCUUACUGACAUUUUUAGAUUCAGCACUUUGAUUUCGUCAUGUAAAAUGUUUUAUGUAGCCUACUAGCCUACUAGGCUCCCACCCUGCAUGCAGGGUGAACACCUACCAGCCACUAACAGAUAAAUGUUCAAAUUCACCAGCCACUCAACAGUAAAUCAUUAUUUUGUGUCUGAAAUCUACCAUCAACUUUCACGUUUUAUCAGCAUUUAGCUGUUGGCUAAUGCUAAUUUCCCACUAUACAUGUAAUAUAUGCUUCAUUAAUGUUAUUCUAUUAUAUUACUGUUGUGUUCAGGCAAUUCAUGCUCUAAGUGUAAACAUCAAGAAAAGCACUUUGCUGGCACCAUAUAACCUAAGAAACCCCAACACCACAAAAAUCACAGAGGCGAGUCUGUUGUGUGAUACCAGUUAUUUACCAUAUGUCAAGAUUAAAAACUGUGCAAAUAAAAUGAGAAUGUUAGUCCUGUAGAGCCAUCACGUAGAUCUCAGUCAAUCUUGUUUAAAGGUGGACUCUAAUUACCCUUUGCUUUAUUUUAUAGUGCAGCAAUUUUAAAAUAUGCUAAAGACCAUUUAAAAAUAAAAGCCUGAUAAUGGACAACAAAACAAUGAUGUUUCACUGUACAUGAGCAAUUUGUUUUACUUUUGUUAGUAGAUGUUGUAAUGUAUCUUGCUAGCCCCAAAAUGAAGGUUUAAGAUAAAAAAUCCCUGUGUUAGAUUAUGUAAUGGUAUUACUUUGGCUGAUUCACUGAGUGGAGUUAAUUGAUAGAUUACAUGUUAAAUGUUAGUGUUUUUACUGACAUUUUUAAUUAAUUUCUUGUUAAAUGUUUUGUUCUGAAUUGUAAACUAAAACUAUAUGUAAAAAUCAUGUACAUGUGGAAAAUGUUAUAUAAUAAAACCUAGAGGUGAUAAUUCCUGUACAAUAA